AUGGUUCAUCCUGUUUGUGCAUUUUGUAUGUUUUCGACCAUAGCAAUGCUCAUUGCUAUAUUGGUAGUCUGCUUUACUUCACCUAAACAAUCAGCUUCAAAGUGUGAGCUGAAGUUCAGUAAAACUAACCCAAACCCAAUCGAAUACAAAUAUGGUCCACGAUCUAUUGCUAUCGGCGACUUUAAUAAUGAUACUUGGUUCGAUGUCGUUAUCGCUAAUAAUGCUGUAGACAGUAUAAGUGUGGCUUUUGGAAAUAGCAGCAUUAUACUUGGAAGUCCAACAAUAUAUUCGACUGGUAUUGGAUCGGCUCCUUAUAUGGUCGCUGUUCAUGAUGUUAAUAAUGAUUAUCACUUGGAUAUUGUCGUGGCAAAUUUUGGGACUAAUAAUGUCGGUAUAUUUCUUGGAUUUGGAAAUGGAUCAUUCACUGAUCAGAGAGAAGUUUCAACUGGCUCAUCUCGUCCAAUUUCAAUUGGUAUUUCAGAUUUGAAUAACGACACAUUACCUGAUAUUGCAACUGUCAAUUAUGGAACACAGAGUAUAAGUAUAUUCUAUGGACAUGGAAAUGGAAAUUUUUCAUCUCCUGUAGCAUAUCUGACUGGCUAUGAUUCUCUUCCAAUGUCGUUGGUUAUUGGUGAUUUCAACAAUGACAAUUAUUUAGACAUUGCAAUUGCCAAUGCUGGCACUAACAAUGUUGGUAUUCUUUUCGGUAAUCAAAAUAAUACUUUUGAAAACCAAAUCACGUUUUCAACUGGUGUUGGAUCUCAUCCAUAUUCAAUCGCUAUUGGCUAUCUUAAUGAUGACAUCUUCCUCGACAUUGUUGUAGCUAAUUACGGAACUAAAAACAUUGGUGUAUUUCUGAGCAAUGCUAAUGACAGUUUUACGAAUCAAAUAACGUAUUCUAUUGAUAAUGCAUCUCCAUACUCGAUUGGCAUUGGUGAUUUUAAUAAGGACAAUAAAAUGGAUUUAGUCGUCAUUAAUCAAGGUAUUAACAAUAUCGGUGUUCUUUUAGGAUCCGGUAGUGGUACUUUUGAAAGUUCGCUCACAUACUAUUCAAGUGGUUCUUCAUCUUCAAUUGCGUUGGCCAUAUAUGAUUUGAACAAAGAUAAUCGAUUAGACAUUAUGAUCGUUAAUAAUGAUACUGGUGCUAUCGAUAUCUUUCUUGGUUAUUUUGAAGGUUUUCCAGGUCAGACGACGUAUCCAACUGGCUCUUAUCCACAGUCUGUAGCUGUUGGUGAUUUUAAUAAUGAUAACCAAUUGGAUAUUGUUGUCACCAAUGUUGAUGACGGUACCAUCAGUGUGCUUCUUGGGUAUGGUAAUGGUUCAUUUGCAGAUCAAAUGACAUAUUCAACUGGCGCUAGUCCAGCCUCUGUAGCUGUUGGUGAUUUCAACAAUGAUAAUCGACUAGAUAUUGUAGUAGUUAAUGAAGGUGGCAACAAUGUGGGUGUUUUUCUUGGGUAUGGCAAUGGUUCAUUUGCAAAUCAAAUGUCGUUGUUAACUGGCUCUGCUCCACUCUGUGUAGUUGUUGGUGAUUUCAACAAUGAUAAUCGACUAGAUAUUGUGGUAGGUAAUCAACUUGACAAGAAUGUGAAUGUCUUUCUUGGGUAUGGCAAUGGUUCAUUUCAAAAUCAAAUGACGUUUUUAACUGGCUCUUCCCCGCAGUAUAUGGCUAUUGGUGAUUUCAAUAAUGAUAGUCGACUGGAUGUGGUAGUAAAUGGAGCUGACAACAAUGUGGGUGUGUUUCUUGGGUAUGGCAAUGGUUCAUUUGCAGUUCCAAUCACAUAUUCAACUGGCUCCGAUCUAUGGUCUGUAGUUGUUGGUGAUUUCAACAAUGAUAAUCGACUGGAUUUUGUAGUAGGUAAUGAAGGUGACAAUAAUGUGGGUGUUUUUCUUGGGUAUGGCAAUGGUUCAUUUCAAAAUCAAAUGACGUUUUUAACUGGCUCUUCCCCGCAGUCUAUAGCUGUUGGUGAUUUCAACAAGGACACUCAAUUGGAUAUUGCUGUAGUUAAUUACGAUAGCGAUGACUUUAGUGUUCUUUUUGGGUAUGGUAAUGGGUCGUUUGCAAAUCAAGUGACGUUUUCAACUGGUUCUAGUCCAAUCUCGCUAGCUAUUGGUGAUUUCAACAAUGAUACUCACCUCGAUGUUGUUGUCGCCAAUAGUAAUGACAAUAAUAUCAGUGUACUACUUCAAUUUAACAGAGGAGCUUUGAUUAAAUACAUGACUUAUGCAUCUGGUGGUGCUUCCAGUUUACGAUAUGUUGCUAUUAGUGAUCUAAACAAUGACACUCGACUCGAUAUCAUUACCGCUAAUUAUGGCACUAACAAUAUUGGUGUUCUUCUUGGAAGUGGGAAUGGUACUUUUCUAAGCCAAAAAAUACUCAUUAGUAGCUCCGAUUCUCAUCCAUCAGCUAUUGCUAUUGCUGAUUAUAAUGGUGACAUGCUAUUGGAUAUUGCUGUGCUAAAUUAUGGUACUAAAGAUCUCGAUAUGCUGAUUGGAAAUGCAAAAGGCACAUUUACAACUCAAACAAAUAAUGGAUUUCAUUUUGUUUCAUCUCCAUUUCUUAUCGUUUCCAGUGAUUUUAAUAAUGAUGCACAAUCAGAAAUUAUUGUCGCAUGUGAUGAUAACGAUAAUGUGAAUGUCUUUUCUACGUAUAAUACUGGAUCUUUUGUAGAUCCAAUAAUCUAUUCAACUGGCACUGGUCCAGCCUCUGUAGUUGUUGAUGAUUUCAACAAUGAUAAUCGACUGGAUAUUGUUGUCGCCAAUUUCUAUAGCGAUAAUAUCAGUGUGCUUCUUGGGUAUGGUAAUGGUUCAUUUGCAGAUCAAAUGACAUAUUCAACUAGCGCUAGUCCAGCCUCUUUAGCUGUUGAUGAUUUCAACAAUGAUAAUCGACUGGAUAUUGUUGUCGCCAAUUUACAUAGCAAUAAUAUCAGUGUGCUUCUUGGGUAUGGUAAUGGUUCAUUUGCAGAUCAAAUGACGUUUUCAACUGGCGCUUUACCAUCUUCUGUAGCUGUUGGUGAUUUCAAUAAUGAUAAUCGACUGGAUAUUGUUGUGGCGAACUCUUGGACCCAUGACAUUAGUGUACUUCUUGGAUAUGGCAAUGGUUCAUUUGCAGAUCAAAUCAGGUAUUCAACUGGCUCUGCUCCACCCUUUAUAGCUGUUGGUGAUUUCAACAAUGAUAAUCGACUAGAUAUUGUGGUAGUUAAUGAAUUUAAGAACAAUGUGGGUGUUCUUUUUGGGUAUGGGAAUGGUUCAUUUGCAAAUCAAAUGACAUAUUCAACUGAUCCUUACCCUAGUUAUGUAGCAGUCGGUGAUUUCAACAAUGAUAAUCGACUGGAUAUUGUUGUUAUCAAUUUGGCUAUCAGUUACGUUAGUGUUCUUGUUGGGUAUGGUAAUGGUUCGUUUGCAGAUCAAAUGACGUAUUCAAUUGAUUAUGCUCCAACUUCUGUAGCUGUCGGUGAUUUCAACAACGACAAUCAUUUGGAUAUUAUUUGUGUCAGUGGAUUUAACAUUAAUGCCACUGUUCUUCUUGGAUUCGGGAAUGGUUUGUUUGGAAAUCAAAUGACAUAUUCAGCUGGAUUAACGUCAUCCUCUGUAGCUGUUGGUGAUUUCAAUAACGACACUCAGUUGGAUUUUGUUACGACGGGUGAAUCCGAUAAUCGUAUUGGUAUUCUUCUUGGAUCUACCAAUCAAGUAUUUUUACCACAAACAACGCUUAUAACCGGUAAUUAUUCUCGACCACGAUCAUUGGCUGUCGGUGAUAUUAAUAAUGAUAAUCAGACAGAUGUUAUUGUUGCUAAUUCAAACACACAGAAUAUUGGUAUUUUUCUUGGAUACGGUAAUAUAUCUUUUGCAAAUCAAGUUACAUAUUCAACUGGUUUAUACUCAUCUCCAUAUUCGGUAGCUGUUGGAUAUUUUGACAACGAUACUUAUCUAGAUAUUGUCGUGGCUAAUUACGGUACUGCUAAUAUGGGUAUUUUUCUGGGAUAUGGAAAUGGGUCUUUCAAAAAUCAAAUAACAUAUUCUACUGGUUCAGUUUCAGGUCCUUAUUCUCUAGCUGUGGCUGAUUUUAACAAUGAUACGUUCUUGGAUGUUUUGGUUGCUAAUUAUGAUAGCAACAAUCAAGGUGUAUUUCUUGGACGGGGUAACGGUACAUUUGACAAAUUCUUGGUUGUUGCAACCAACUAUGGAUCUCAUCCCUCGUCUGUUGUUGUCGGUGACUUCAACAAUGACAAAAAAACAGAUUUUGCUGUGAUUAAUGAUGGUACUGACAGUUUAAAUGUACUCUUACAGACAUGUUAA